AUGAGAGAUGUAGUCUACCUACCAUUUGGAUCUUCCUCGCCGAAGAAAAAGGUUUGGAAUUUAAAUUUUUUUUACAAGUGUUCAUUGGUUAAUUUGGAUAAAUCAUCUACGAUACAAGCAGCUUUAUUUAAUUCUGAAAGAAUAUUAAGUACUGAACCAACAAUAUUUCAUUAUCCCCCCUCAACGAUAACACCAAAAAAUAAACUUUUAAAUAGUAGUUUGGUCGAUAAAAAACCUGUGCCUACAAGUUUUACUGUAGUGGAAAGCACUCCAGAAAAACCACCGUCUUAUGUUAAUGUAAAAUUAUCAAAACAUGUAAAACAUAGAGAUGUUAGUAAUAAUCAAUAUCCUUCUUCCAGUCCUAGGUAUCCUCAAAUUCCCUCAUAUGCACCUCCAGCGAGAACUGGUUUUUUCACACCUCCUCUACCUCCAGAAUAUUUAAAUCCAUUUGCUGGAAAGCCGACAUUGAGAGGUAGUAAUUCAGAAUCAAACAGCCACAAUGCGAGGAGACCCAUGCCUCCUCCACCGCUUUUCAGACCUCAUUAUGAAAAUAAGGAAAGAGUUCCUUUGCCACCUCCUGAUUUUAUGGUUCCUGAAGCAAAGCCUAGUGGUAAAAAGGCUCUGAACACUCCUAGUCGACCAAAUUCCCAUCAUGUUUCUGAUAGUGCUUAUAAAGAAUUUAUCAACUCUGAUGGUAACAACUCAAAUAAUAACAGUGAUAAUUACAAUAAAGAAAAUGCCCCCGUGAGGCAAAUAAACGAUACGGAUUUUGAUUUUGUGCCAAUACUACAAUAUCCAAGUGUGACGAGAAUUCUUUCCGGAAGUUCCGGAAGGAGACACGAUGUCCCAGAUUUUAGCGACAGAUAUUCAGGACCGAAUUCACGUCACGGUCAUCACAGUUACGAGCACACUUCGAAAAGUCUUCCAAACAUUCGGAAAGACUAUAAUUUUAUACCAAAUUUUCCUCGCGAGGGAACGCCGAAACCGCCGGAAAUCAUUAAGCCGCCACCCGAAAGAACGAAUCAUCACGUGUCUGUGGAACAACCAUCUUCUCCAUCUUCGUCGUCGACGAUGGCAUCAUCGACGACGGCGCCGACAACACCGAACAACAACAAAACUCAGGAUUCUGCGGUGUCGAACAACGCGUCGUCGAAGCAAUCGGAGGAAGGAAACAAAACGAUGACGGUCGUGGAAAGCGAAUUGACGAACGUCGUGGAAAUGUCAAAUUCGGAAAAGCGUAAUCCUCUGGAAGACGGAGAGGUGUACGAUUCGGAAUCGCACAAAGUCAACGAUAAAAAUGCUUUAUAUUUAUGGGUUGUUGCUUGGGACAUUCAUGUUUACUUAAUUGCCAGUUUAUUUACACUUCUCUCUCUCUAUGCCGUAUAUAAUUUAAUACUUAUGAAAUUUUACAAACAUUUAUUAUCUCGCCCCUAUUACAUUAGUAUACAUGUCAUAAUAGCAUUGAUUGGUAUAUUACGAUCCGUGUAUUUAUUUCACGAUGCUUACAAUACGACUCGUUCUUAUCCCGAGCCAAUAUCUCAUCUGUUGCUUAACAUAACGUGUCCAUUAAUAACGACAUCAUUUUCAAUUAUGUUUUUGUACUUGAUAAAAACGGCGGACGUGUCGCUUUUUAAUUCAAAUUUUCUCAAACAUCCGAUAUGCUUGAUACUCAUGUCUCUUUCACACGUGACGUUGUGCAUAUGUUUGGAUGUGACAAGUGACUUAACUUUUGACGUUUCGGGUACGAAAUACCUGCCUUUGGUGUGUCAAUGUAUUUACAUACUCUUUUGCAUUAUUUUGGGGGGAAGUUAUUUGUACAUUUAUAAGAAUUUAGCGAAUGCGGCGUCGCGAAAGCAAGUGGAAAUGUUCGGUUCUUUGUACACCACCACGUCCGAACUUCACAAAAAUCGGCCGGCCGUUUUGUGCUUGGCCAUCAGAAUAACUCUCGCCGUUGCCAUGCUCAUACUCCUCAUGGCAGCCGUUCAAGUCUACGGCGUGUUCGGAGUUCCCGUCGGUCUCCACGAUUCUUAUUCGUUUUUAGAUCCUCAAAAUCAAAAUAUGCAACGGUGGGUUUGGUGGGCUUAUCAUUUUAGCGUUAGACUUAUCGAAAUAGCAAUUUGUUAUUUAUUAUCGUGGGCGGCGAUGCAAAGGUUGCACAACGAAGUAGACGAGAAAGAAACAAAUUCACAAAAUUCCACGACGGGUCUCGCACUUUUCCCAUGCGGACCGUGUAGAAACGCCGAGGAAAACAUAGACGACAUUUACCCGGCGGUUUGCAACACGAAUCAAGCGAUUCAUAAUUAUUCGUUGAGAACGGGUAAAAAGGUUUAUAACGAUUCUUUCCCGUUGAAUAACAUAGGUAAUGAAUUAACGAAAACUCCCAUUCCAAAUUUCGAAAACGCGGAUCACGUAAACAAUUCGUACGAUAGGCGGAAAACCAAGAGGCACAAUGGAAAUUUACCCUGGCACUUGAAUCAAAAUCAGUCGAAUAAUUACGACGAAAUCGGUCCGGGUUCGGAAAUAAUUGAAAUAAAAGACGCUUUGACUCGUAAGGGUCUGUCGAAUUUGAACAGGAGCGAUUCGGAUGCUUCACGGACGAGUCACAUCCCGGCUCACGUGAGUUACGAAAGCAUCGGAUACCACAGCGGAACGUUUCAAAAUCGUUUGGGCGUCGAAAACGGUCAUUUCGACUACGACAAAGACACAAAUUCGGAUCGCGGUUCGAACAUUUCGAAAACGGAUAGCCAUUAUUUCGAGAGCGAUGCUUACGAUUCGAAUCGCGGGUCGUUCACGAUGGGUCAUAAGAAAAUGCAUAGGAAUCACGAUAGGAGUUCGCAUACUAACAUGAAAAAAAGUGGGACCAUGGCAGGGGGAUUUUCGCAAGGUGAGAAAAGGAGAAUGACGAGUCGGGACGGAGUUCAAACUCUCAGGGAAGGUGGGAGAGAUGGUAGGGAAAGGCAAAGUCCCAAUUCGAUGCUCGUAGACGAAAAUGGUUUCGUCCGGUUUCGUUCCUUAGCCGACGCCGAAAGGAUAUCCGAAGAAAAUUUUCGGCGAUCGGGUCACGGCAAGAAAAGUUUGCCGAGAAGAGUAGGCAACGAAGAAAGGAUACCGCGGUAG